UUUUUUUUUCUAGUUUGUGAUGUUCUUCAGACAGAGAUCUCUGUUUUUGCAGUAGUGAUGGAGGCACAGUUUGUAGGUCUGCAGUGUUGUUGUGAUGCUGUCUUCAAUACCUCAUGAGGCUUUGUGAUGGAAGGGUGUGAAUUGAUCUGCUGAUGCAUGUCUAUUUUAGUAUCUAGGAGGUUGGUGCAUGUCUAUCUGCUGCUGUUUUUGGAAGUAAUUAUGUAGAGUGGAAUUGAUCUGCUGCUGCUGUCAAUUAGGUGUUUUUGUGUUGUUGGUUUCUCACCAACUAGGAGGUUGGAGCUUUUUCUAACUCCAACCUCCUCUUUAUUGGUGUUUGCCUAUCAUAUCAUAUGUAAUUUAUAUCAUCAAUAAAGUUUUUCUUUUGCCGAUCAAAAAGAAAAAAAAGACGAUGGAAGCUAUAUCUUUCAGUGUGGGUGAAUCCUUGCCUUUAGCUGAUAACUCCCCAACAUUUGUUCCAUUAAAGACGUUGAUCCACACCUCACCUCUUGCACUGACCUAUUUGCUUUAUAUGCUAGUUACCAUGGUGUCUGUCCGAGGAGUAAAUGUGCCCAUGUACACCACCCUUAAGAGGACAACUGUGUGUGUAGUAUGCUUUUGGUCAGCAAGAGAUGACAAUGAUUUUGACUUCAUCUCUCAACCAUGGAACCCUGUGUACGGGUUGGAUAAACCUUGGAUACACACACCUACUCACAAGACACUUGUAUCAUCAUCAGGUGUUAUCAGUGUGGCAUUGAUCGUUAUUGGUGCAUUUAUUGGUGGGGCUCGAGACUUGUCGUUUGAUUCCUAUGGCUAUGCUGUUGUUUUUAUGGCCAACAUCACUACAGCAAUAUAUCUCGCAACCAUAGCCCGUAUUGGAAAAUCUAGUGGCCUCAAUAGCUUUAGUCUCAUGUGGUGCAAUGGAAUAUUAUGUGGGCCAUUCUUAUUGUUCUGGACAUUUAUUCGGGUUGACUUGGAGAUUACAUUGAAUUUUCCAUAUCUGUUUUCUCCUGGCUUUCUGGCUGUGUUACUUCUAUCCUGCAUACUGGCUUUCUUCUUGAAUUACAGUAUAUUCCUAAACACAACUCGUAAUUCAGCACUCACGCAGACAAUUUGUGGCAAUUUGAAGGAUCUUUUCACCAUUGGACUUGGCUGGGUGGUGUUUGGUGGGCUUCCAUUUGACUUCGUUAAUGUUGUUGGGCAAUUGCUUGGUUUUGUUGGAUCGGGUCUGUAUGCCUACUAUAAGUUCAUAGGGAAGUAACUGCACAGUCUGCUUGAAGGCUAGUCUUUCAUGCAAUGGUGGUGAUAGGUUUGUUGGCCUCAUGUGGAAUCCACAAUUUUGAUUCGAUCAUCAUGGUGUUUUUGAAGGAGAUAUACCGGCUUUGAAGAAAAAAUUGCACUCUGCUUAGGAAUAUCAUAAUUUUUGAAGAGAAUCAAGUCAUGCUUUUGCUUGAUCUGAAUGUUGUAAGCAGAUUAGGUAUCCGUUACAUGUUGUAAUUGAUAAUUGAUAUUCUUUUUACUCUAGUUGCAAAAACAUCAACUUAUUAGCCGAAAAUUUGGAAAAACAAAAUUGAGACUAUAAAUUUGUAGCAACUCUUCCCUAGUUUGCUACCUCUCACUUUGGUGCUCAUUAACUGUAGUUUG